AUGCCCAGCGAGAAGAAGUCUAAAUCCAACAAAUCAGCAGAUGUUGCACAAACAGCCGCAUCAUUGGGUGUGGAUAUUAAUUCAUUGAAGGAUGAAGAUGAUGAUUUUGAAGAAAAACAGUUUAUUCUUAGAGUACCGGAGGAUAUUGCUGAAAAGAUCAGACAAAGACUGAAAAAGGAGUCGAAAGAUAGUAAAUCUUCCGAUAAAAACCAUCGGAUUGAUCUUCAUAUGAGUAUAAAAUUCGGAGAUGAUGUUGAUAUUCUACAAUUUCUACAGGGGGCUCGUUUGACAGAGGAAGAUAAGAAAAUACAUAAACGGAAUAACGAUGAGAACGGAUACUUGAGCGAUAUUGAGUACGGAAUUGACAAGAACAGGAGAGGAAGGUUUCAAUUUGAAAAGCAAAUUUUACCAUGUACACUCGUUGAUCUUCCAACACACAUAGAAGCAUACAAAUCAGUAGAUUGCCAAACAUAUUACAAAUGUGGAGACGUUAGCCAAAUGAUCAUUGUACAGAAACCUCAGGAUUUAGAAUCAGAAUUUCAAAAAUCAAGACAGAGAAGAGCCAGAUUUUACAUGCAAAAAUCUCAUCAUCAUCAUGAACCAAAGAAGAGAAAAGCUAAGGAUUUAAACACAAGUUAUUUAAUGGAGGACGGUAUCUCUCCGUCUCUUGCACGUGUGCUUCGUCAUUGGAAUGCUCAAAAAAUAGACAUCACAAGAAAAGAUAUCAAAAAACUGAAAGAAAAGUACAUUCAAAUGUUGGAAGAAGAGGACCCAACAAAAGUGAAAAUUGAAUUUAUUGAGUAUGCUUCUGAACAAGAGCGAUUAGCAGCACUGGAGGAAGAAAUGAGCACAUCAUCGUCUGACUCUGACGCAAGCGAUUCAGAGGAUGAAUCAGAUGAGUCAGAUAUGUUCGAUGAGGUUAGUGCAAAUAAGAAACCAGACGAUACCAUGUCAACAGUUUCCGCAGGAGAUCAGUCCAAACUAAGCUCUGUGCCAUCACAACAACAAAUCAUUAAUGACGACAGCAUGAGUGUAACGAGUGCACCUUCAUCCAUGUCCACACCAAUCAGCCAGGCUGUUACAACACCAAAUCAGCCAUUCGUAUUCGGUGCUCCACCUACUUUACCAAAGCCUGUCUCCACCAGUGGUGACAUGAUGCAAGAUGAAACUCCCUCUGAAGGAGAGGAAUCUCACAUAUCCAACAGCACAUCAAUGAGCAAACAAUCUUUAGGUCCAAUAGAAGCAAAACCUGCUCAAACAAAGCAAACAACCAAACCUCCCGUAGAGCAAGACGAAACAAGUUCGGAUUCAGAAUCUGAGUCAGAAGAUGAUGAAAAUAUGUUUGAGGAAGUAUCAACAACAGCUCCUCAACAACAAAUUGACGUUACCCAAACCCCACAAUAUCAAAGUCUUUUACAACUCAAAAAUAGUGCAGAACGGGAUAUUCAAACAAUCCAAAACCAAGUUUCACUUGCUACAGAAAAUUUAGAAAAAUCUAAGAACGAAAUACAAAGAGGUAGAGCCCAAGCAAUGCUUACAAACUUGGAAGGAAAGCUCAACGCAAGGCGACAAGAACUUUUGGACGUAGAAAGACAAUUAACUUCAUUAAGACUGUCACAACCAUCCUCGUCUUCUUCAAGCACUCCACCCUUCUAA